CCGCCCCCAAUCGCUGACCGUGGACGCCACCUCCGCCCGCGCUGACCCCAGACGUCAUCAGCCGCGAAGCCUCCACUCCCUCAGGCGCAGGAGCACCUGGGCCUCCUUCAUCAGGGGCAGAGAUGGCAUCAGUGGACUUCAAGACCUACGUGGAUCAGGCCUGCAGAGCUGCUGAGGAGUUUGUGAAUGUGUACUACACCACCAUGGACAAACGACGGCGUCUGCUCUCCCGCCUGUACAUGGGCACGGCCACCCUGGUGUGGAACGGAAACGCUGUUUCAGGACAAGAGUCCUUGAGUGAGUUUUUUGAAAUGUUACCUUCCAGUGAGUUCCAAAUCAAUGUGGUAGACUGCCAGCCUGUCCAUGAUGAAGCCACCCCGAGCCAGACCACAGUCCUUGUUGUGAUCUGUGGAACAGUGAAGUUUGAAGGCAACAAACAACGGGACUUUAACCAAAACUUCAUUCUGACUGCCCAGGCCUCACCCAGCAACACAGUGUGGAAGAUAGCAAGUGACUGCUUCCGGUUCCAAGACUGGGCCAGCUAGUGGGGCCAGGAAAGGCCUCUGUUGUAGCCCACCUCUGUAGGGAAAUGCACAUCUCAAAACGUGGGGAUACAAUUUCCUUUCUCCUAUUCCAGGCCACACUGCCCUGGCUUAACUCUGCAAUUGCUGGAGUCCUGUGGGCCCUUUCUGAGUGUAUUCUUGUUUGUCAUAGAUGCCUUUUCAAAGUAGUCAACUUUUCUAUUUUUCUACUUGUCGAGUAGAGACCCUGGUUCUGGAAAUUCUGACAAAUAAAAUAGUACAAAUGUU